AUGCAAGCAAAAACAAUAACAUCAAUACCAGGGCUUUAUAUAAUAGAAAAUUUUAUUACAGAAAAUGAAGAAAUACAAUUAAUUAAUCAAAUUGAUUCGAUGCAUUGGUCAGGAAAUGGAAUACCAAAAAUUAUGAAAGAUUUAGGUCCAUUACCAGAUUUUCUAGAUUUUAUAAUUAAAAAAAUGAUUAAUCAAGAAAUUGAUCAAGAACCUCCAAAUAUGUGUAUAAUAAAUGAAUAUGAAGCUGGCCAAGGAAUAAUGCCUCAUAUAGAUACUGCAACUAUUUUUGGUCCCGUGGUAUUAAGCCUUUCAUUACUAUCUUCUUGCUUAAUGAAAUUCACCCAUUCAGAAGAUUCUUCAAAUCAACACUCUAUAUUGCUAAGUAAAUAA